AUGCAACCAGAAUACGUUAAGGAAAGACUUGCUGCGCUCGAUGAGAUUGAUAUGAAACUAUGUGGAAUGCUACAGGAAGCUUCCCAAGUAGUUCACGCAUUCAGUGAAGUGAAAAGUGGGAAUGAUGCAGCUAAACCGCAGUUUACAAAACAUGUUGAAGGGUUUUAUACUGAUCUUGAAUCUGCAACGAUUAGAUUGAGAAACGAGAUUAAAUUAUUAGAUGAUAAUAUAGGUACAAGAUUACUGCCUAUAAAUGUUAAUAAGAAGGCGUUAGGCCAGGAUGAUGAAAAAUUACAUGAACAAAUAGGUUUACUGAAGGCUACUUUGUCAGGAAAUACUUACGCCAAAGAACAGACACCAGAACUCCCUGAAAGCUCCACUGGAGUAGAGGAAAAUAAUAAAGAGGACCAUGCCAAGGUAAAUGAUACUACAGAGAUUACUCAAACAGAAAGUGUACAAACUCAACCUCUCCAAACAGAAGAUACCCAAACAGAAAUUAUACAAACAGAAGUUGCGCCGGAAUCUACAGCAGAAAUGACAGAACCCGCUAUGGAUGUUAACGAAGCUACUGAAAUUGAGAAAGAUAAUAAUGAGAACAAUGAUGACAAUGAUGAAGAUGACGAUAUCGAAAUGGAAGAUGUAUAA